GUGAAGCCGACGGGAGGGAAGAGGGUUGGCGGAGAAGGGGGCGUGGCCACGGAGCCGCUGGCGGCGGCGCCGGACGCGGGAAGCGUAAGUAGCGCUGCUGUUGCUGGGUCUGUUGAGGCAAAGCCGCGUCCCUCAACAGCAUCCUCGCUCUCCUUCGCCUGUAAUAUAUGUGCCCUUUAUACCUACAAGAGGAGUUUCGGUCCCUAACGCUAUCAGUUAGGAUAUUUAUCGCGCGCCGUUAAAAUUCAGGAGCAGGUAAGGUAGCAAUGGAGACGCCCGUCCUCGCCCACCUGCCGCUCUCCCUUCGCCAAUGGAGGGAAACGGGUUCUCCCCCCGCCCAAUAAAACACAGAUCCAGCAGCCAGAUGUAAUGGGAGACAAGAAAGGAGAAAAAAAAUGAGUGGAGAAAAAGAGAAAGAAAGGACAUGGGAUACAGAGAUGAAGUGUAGGUAAAGGUAAAGGUAAAGAAUCCCUGGACAGUUAAGUCCAGUUAAAGGCGACUAUGGGGUUGCGGUGCUCAUCUUGCUUUCAGGCCAAGGGAGCUGGUGUUUGUCCACAGACAGCUUUGUGGGUCAUGUGGCCAGCAUGACUAAACUGCUUCUAGCGCAGCGGGAGACCGUGAUGGAAGCCAGAGCGCAUGGAAACGCCAUUUACCUUCCUGCCACAGCAGUACCUAUUUAUCUACUUGUGCUGAUAUCCUAUCAAACUGCUAGGUUGGCAGAAGCUGGGACAGAGCAGCUGGAGCUCAUUCCAUUGUGUGGAUUCGAACUGCCAACCUUCCGAUCAGCAGGUGUAGGGGAACGCUUCGAGUCAGGGUGUAGAAAGAGAAGAGGUACCUUCUUAAAACAGAAGGAUUUGACUAAGAGAGAAAGUGUCCUUGCUUAUGAGCAGACAACCUUUCCUUCACGACCCCUUUCCUGUCUGGGUGUACCCAAGAAGCUAAUGUCAUGUGCCUUUACCUCAGAGUCUUGAUGUUGCUCUGUUAGUUCAUUGAACUGAAGGAAGAUGGUAGGCAGAGACUUGACUUGGGUUAGUGAGGCACAGGAGCUAAUCUGGGUUAUCUGACUUUUCUGGUAAGUUUAUUACCGCGCAUAUGUGCGCUGAAAACAAUACACCCUGCAAAGGGCACAGCAUCUCCUUAUGUCUUUUGUUAGAAGGAUGGCUUUCUAUGUGGCAGCACCUGAUUCAGGGCUGGAAUGGGUGAGAGGCAGGGCUGUGGGCAAAGUACUUGCUCAUGUAGGCAUUCCACAGGCAUCCAUGUCACAAUUAAAUUCAUUGGCUAUUGGUGCCACUGACAUGCUAAUACUUCAAGGAAACUGGCCAGUGCAGAUGCCAGGUGGAUUUAAAAAUCGCAGGUUGCAUGCGGAACACUUGCACAUGUGUUCACUUUACUGUCAUGUUUCGGAACUUCUCAUUCAUAGCACAUGCAUACACAUGGCACAUACAGCCACCAUCACAUAUGAGGGCUGCUCAUGUGACAACAGCAAAAACAGCUUGGUAGGCCUGUUUAAGUCUGUUAAAGUAGCAGUGUUACUUGUUUAGAAGAAGAUGGAAGGCUGUGCUUUGCAGCACCCUAGCACAUGUUCCCUGUUACUCUGAGAGGGAUGUGAGAUAACAUCCUAUCAAAAUAUGCCCAGCCUCCUAGUUGUCCAUUGUGAUGGAGUCUCAGGCAGCCUGAGUUGAAUCUGAUACAGUUGUUUUGCAGACCUCUUCAUUGCCUAGCUAGCCACUCGGCCUUCUCUAGCAGCCACUGUUAAUGAGAUCCAGCUAGGAUAAUAAUAACUAAAGGAAGAGGAGGAGGAAGUGAUGGCAGCAGCACCUAGGACUUGCCUUGGCAGCAACUCAUCUCCCUCAACUGAAGACUGUUGGGGGAGUAAAGGAGGCAGUAGUCAGAUCCUGCAACAGUAGCAUACCCUGGGAAGAGAACACCUGCUUCUUGCCUUCAGCAAUUCAGAUGUCAAUGACCAUGCUUGGUUUUUUAGCCAAUACUGGUAUAAAUUUUAUAGUCCGUUAGGAUUCAUCUAUUUGACAACUUAUUUUAGUAACCAUUAUGUCUGAUUACUGUGUCAUUUUGGCUUCUUUGCAGCGUAUCGGCACUCAAAAUUUAAAAUAGGUUCUGGCAUAUGUAACUAUAAUAGUUUCAAGCAAAUUAACAAUAUGAAAUGCUGCCAGGCAACAGUUUAGGAAGGGCCAAAAGUGGCUGGUCUCUCAGAAGAACUGGUGGAAUGGCCAUGCUUCCCUUCUCUCCAAAACACAUAGGCAGCAAGGCAUUGCAUUCAGGCAAAUGAAAAGGCUGGCAGUAAAGGGAUGGAAUUACUUGUCCCAUCUAGCAUAGAACCACGUGGGCUGUCAGAGAAGGGAUGCCCUUUUCUCCCAGCCCAGCUUAAAAAUGCAGUGGGUUGCUACAGGAGGGAUGGAAAUUUUUGUACUUCCUUUGCACGUCUUCUGUUGGUGGGCUUGUUUACAAGAAUGGGUUAGAUUAUCUAGAGGAAAGAUCAGAAAUUGCAAAAACUGGUCUUUUAUUAAUUGCAAAAACAGUCUUAACCACCAUGUCCUAUAUUGUUUGUCUCGCAGAAAAAAGUGUGCCAUGAUGUCUGACUUCCUGAAUAUUUGCUCUGUAAUUGUGUCUAGGGAAACAUUCUUCAUUUGUGCUGCAUGAAAAUUCUGUUUUCCAACCAUGAAGGCAGCAUGUUAUUACAAUGGAAAAUUGCUUCCUAUGAGGCAAUUGGUGCAUGGUUGCAAACCACAGAUUCUUGACAUUUUGAAGAAUUUGAAAACUGUUUGGAAACCAGAUCUGACACACUGGAAAUUGUUAUUGCUAUUAAUAAAUUUGAAACUAUUCCAGUAGCUGUAACUAAUACAACUUAAAGGUCUCUUUGAAUUUUCCCGUUGUGUAAUUAUUUUAUAAUUCAUUCCUGAUAAUGGCUCUUUAUGUUUCUAUUGUGACUAGAUCCACAAAGAACAAUUUAAUUCUUUUACUGCUUGUGCUAAACAGAUGAAGGACCACAACAAAAAAAGAUAGUAGUUUGUGGAUAUUUUGUUCAGAAAAGACUGCCUUCUGGUGUCUGAUCUGGGAAUUGCUCUUUUAAUUACAGCUUAAAUAUGCAUUAUUUUUAUUAUCUUGAUAUAUUUCAGCUAAAUUGAUGAUUGAUUAAUUAAUCAUGCAAAAUAAAUGGAAGGAAAAAUAAAAAGGAGAGUCAAAAAAUGCUGAUUCUUUUGAUUUGUAUUCCAAGGAGUUUAGAAUUAGGGCAUCUAUGAUGCUUUCUCACUUUAUCCCCACAAGCUUGUGGGAUGGAGAGAUACUCAUGGCCCAAGUUCACACAGCUGAGUUUCAUCCUGAGUGGGGAUUUGAACCUAGCUGUCCCUGGUCCAAGUCCUAACUGUCCCCUAUUCCACAUAGGCUUCUGAAAAGGAAAAAUGCAAUUAUACAAUUCUUUCAAAGUUGGUUUUCUAAAUAUAUUUUGCACAGAUUUUGUUCCCACUAGUCCAGAUAGCUUAAUAUGUCUUGUUUCCUUUUCUGUACAGUGUUCAGACUAGAUAUUUUUGCAGCCUCAUCCCAUUGCAUGUUUAUACUGAAGUAAAGUUCAACUUACUCUUCUGUAGGUGUCUGUAGGUUUGCAGCCCUACUGUAUAACUGGACCAAGAGUGGCUAACCUGGGGCCUUCCAGAGCUGCUGGUCUGUUAACUGCUAUUAGUCCCAACCAAUGUGACUGGUGGUCAGGGGUGAUGGGAGUACAGCAACAUAUGGAGGGCCAAAGGUUAGCCUCAACUAGGCCAUGCAUAGUCUGAAAUAUAUCCUUAUUAAUAUGAUAUAUCAUUAUUAUUGCAUUUAUAUACUGCCCUUCAUCAAGAGACCACAGGGUGGUUUGCAACAUAAAAUGCAACUUAUCCCUAGACUUUCCCCAUACAAAAUGUUAAAGGUGAGGAUUGUGGUCCUAAAUGCUGUAGCGCCUUCUUCAAUAUGUUAGGUUUCUCUUUUCCUCGUCCAGCAGCCACUCAGUAGCCUGUAUGCAAUUCCUUGUUGUCUGUGGCUACCAGGUGAGUGAUUAAAUAUUUAUAUAUACACCGUAUUUUUCGCCCUAUAGGACGCAUCGGCCCAUAGGACGCACUUAUUUUUUUUUGGGGGGGGGAAUAAAGGGGGGAAAAUUUAUUUCCGCCCCCCAGCCCCAAAGAGCAAAGAAGCCAUGACAGCGAGCGGGAUGGAUCCCGCUCGCUUUCCUGGCUUCGUUUUUAGCCUUGGGGCUGGGGGUCCGGGAGCGAAGGCGAGGUUGCACAACCUCGCCAUCGCUCCCGGAGCUUGCAGGGCUGGGGGCGGGGGAAGCCCGAGCUUCCCCCAACCCCAGCCCCCAGAACGGGUGGGAGAGCGAUGGCGAAGCUGCUUGCAACUUCCCCAUCGCUCUCGGAACUUGCGGGGCAGGGGUCGGGCUUCCCCGACCCCAGCCCCCAGAACGGGUCGGAGAGCUUGCCGGGCUGGGGGGAUAGCUUCCUGAAGCCUGGAGAGCGAGAGGGGUCGGUGCACACACAUUUCCCCUUCAUUUUUGGAGAGGAAAAAGUGCGUCCUAUAGGGCGAAAAAGACGGUAUAUCUAUCUAUCUAUCAUCUAUCUAAGUAAAGUAAAGAGGUUCCAUCUGUUGUGCUAGCAUCAAGUGCAGGCAUAUUUAAUUAGUUGACUACAUAUAUGCUAUUUGCAUGUGCCAAAGAGGCUGUCUACACUGCCAACCAAAAGUUGCUGUGUUUGUGACUCUCAAAAUAUUGUUCUUCCUUCUCCUUUGUCUUGAACCUGGAUUAUUUUUUUAAACACAUUUGUAACUUCUCCUUUUCCUAGUGAAAAAUGACCACUGCUAACAAGACACCACCCGGUGCAGAUCCAAAGCAACUGGAAAGAACUGGAACUGUUCGAGAAAUUGGAUCACAAGCUGUUUGGUCACUUUCCUCUUGUAAACCAGGUAAGUGAAAAGUGUGCACAUACAAACUAUUCAUAUCUCCUGAAUUUCUCAAGUACUACUUAGACAGAGUGAUUUUCUGUGUCAAUUUAAAUUAUCUAAUGUGUAUCUGCCUUUCUACGUUAUAGGGCCUUUUGAUCUAAGAAAAAAAAUAGAGGAAUUUGGAACUGUACCAAUUGUCCAAUAUUGCUAGUGGAGUUUUCUGGAUAACUAUGGUGACAGUACUCUAUUAUUAGUUUGUUCCCAUGUUCAGAACCAUAACAGGGCCUCCUAGAUCCUAGGAUAUAUGAUAUUAGAGUGGAACCUCGGUUUUCGAACGUCUUAGAAAUUGAAUGUGCCACGUGGCUUCCAUAUUGAGGUUUCCUAUAAGUAAAUGCUCCUGGAAGUAACUGCUUCGGUUUUUGAACAUUUCGGAAGUCAAACAGUCUUCCAGAACAGAUUACGUUAAAAAAACCGAGAUUCCACUGUACUAUGAUGUUUCUGACAUCUCCAUCAUAGGAGUGCAGUGGUGAAACCCAUAUGUACUUUUUCACACUAGGAUUCGGUGUAGAUCAGUUACGAGAUGAUAAUCUAGAAACAUACUGGCAGUCUGAUGGAUCACAGCCUCAUUUGGUGAACAUUCAAUUCAGGUAAUGAAUAUUAUAUAUAUUGGAUUUUAUGCAGUUGUUAUUAUUACUUUCAUUGGAAGAAGGCAAAAGAUAGAGGCUGCAGAAGGAGUGUGUUAUUUUGUUUUAUUUAUCAUAGCUAAUCCCCGAACAUGAUUUGUAGUAAAAUGGUCAGAAGUUAUAACUUUUGAAACCAGGUCUACUGUAGCUUGGUUUCAUAAUAUUAUAGUUAGUGGAUAUUUGGCUUGUUUAAAGCUACUGCUGCCUAAAAGUCAAACAUAAUGAUUGAGGAAAUCUGAAUUUGUUUCAGGCAUAAUAGUUCUAAAUUAGUUUCUAUAAGCGCAGAAUCCAAUGGAUUCCCUUUCUCAGUGGCUUUAGUUGUUCUCAUAUUGCUGCAAGUUUGUCUUGACUUUGAGCUCCAUCUACCUUUGCAUGUGUAGAGACAAGACACACUUUAUUAUUCAUAUGCUUACCUGGAAAGAAAAAUAGUUGAGAGGUGCAAGUUACCCAUAAUGGCCCUCCCUUCCACCAUCCUCAGAUUAUAUGCAUAUAAUUAGGCAUUUGGCUAUUUUUACUGUAAUUAUUUGUAUGGUUUUAUUUCUGUCCAUGUUUACUGGGUUUUUUAAUUAUUAUUUUUCUAUGUUUUUAGUUGUUGUUUUUUUAAAUCUGUAAGCUGAUUUGAGUCCCUGUCAGGGGGGAAAAAAGGGGUUUAAAUAAAAAUAAAUAUAAAAAAUGAUACAAGGAGAGUUAAGCUUUCUAUGGGGCUGAACAUCAGGAUAGCCAGCGAUCCUUUAACUGCAGAGCUGUCUGCAUACUUCCAUGUCUGCUGUGUGCCUAACCCAAAGUGUUCUGAAUGACCUUGAAGGUCUUGGAGCACAUUGGCCUAAACAUGCCAUUCCAUACGCUGGUGCUGAUAACCUUGCAGCGCAAUUGUGACCGUGUCUACACAGAAGAAAGUCCUUUUAAAUUCAGUGGGGCUUACUCUUCCAGUGAGGAAGACCCUUUUGGUGCCUUCCUCCUGUCAGCACAGCCAUAUUGAAGGCAUACGAGAGCUGGCCCUUGAACGAGUCUCUUUAGAAGUAUAUUAUAAAAUAACAGACAUUGUUCUUGGUAUGAAACAAUUCAUUUCUGUCAGCUGUCUUUUGUGUUAGGGAUUUUCACCCACCAUUCAAGCAUGUUCCCAAAAUGGCUUGUAAUGUUUCAGAAUAAAAUAAUUAAGAUAGACAAUGAUAAGUUAAGUGUUGAACUUUCCAUACUAAGUAAAUAUAUACUGUAUAGGACUGUCUGAGUCCUUAAGUCCCACAUUGAUCAGUGAGAUCCUCUGAAGGAGUGCUAUUAGUUUUUCCCCUUUUUGCAGAGGCUGAAAUGGCCUCUACUUUAGUGUUGCCAGACUGAUGCUAUGGAACACCCUUCCACCAGAGAUUUGGUAGGCAGCUCUUGAAGACCUUUCUAUGCCAGUGAGCCUUUGCAGCUGUUUAAUUAGCCAGUUACUAGCAAUGAUCUUUUUUUUUAACAGUGUUUUAUGUUUUGUUGUUCAACACUGUCCUGAUUGCUUAUGAAACAGCACUAUAAAAAUACGUUGAUAAAUAAAUAAAUAGCACAUACACAUAUAUUGGAUAAUUCUUAACAGGGCUUCAGUUUUGCCAUUUUUAAUUAUUAUUUUUACUUACAGGAGGAAAACAACAGUGAAAACGCUGUGCAUUUAUGCAGAUUAUAAAUCAGAUGAAAGCUACACUCCAAGUAAGAUCUCUGUCAGGGUAGGAAACAACUUCCACAAUCUGCAGGAAAUCCGGGUAGGUUUGCUUUACUCCUUAAAACAUUUUGUCAGACCAGUUAUUUUCAGUCAGAGAAUACACUGUCUAUGGUGCUUGAUUAUUAUUUUUUACAUGACAUUCAGUAAAAGCUUUCCAGAAACAAGGUAAAAAGGCUACAUCUCAAAUAAAACUAAGCAGUGUAUGAAACAGAGUUAAAAAGUUAAAGAAUUAGAAUCUAGCAAAGAAAGAUAAAUUAUUUAGAGGUAUUUAAAAGCCAGUGUUGUCUCCAUCUCACAAAUUAGCUGAGGGAGGUUCUAUCAUUGAGAAGACCCACUUGAGGAGACAGUGGGGCAACCUCUCAUGUUUUAUUCAGUUUAAAGUUAACACAAAUUGCCAGAGCUGAAAGAAAUAGCAUUAACUAGGGUUUAGAGCCUCUUAAGCGAGAUGAGCACGCAACCCCAGAGUCGGUCACGACUGGCCCGUAUGGGCAAGGGUACCUUUACCUUUAGGGUUUAGAGCAGGCUUCACCGACCUGGUACCUUCUAGCAGUUUUGGACUACAAAUCCCAUCAGCCCCAGCCAGCACAGAUGGUAUCAGCUUUACCAAGUUUGGUUUAGGACACAUAAAUGUGUGGGAAUGUGCCUGCCUUUCCAUCAUAUGCAAAUUCAUCCCUCCACUCCACCUGCAUUACAGCAUUAUGUAUAAUUAUUCCCCAAAGUCAAAUAAUGUAAGGUAGGUCAGCUUUCCCCAGCUUUGUGCCCUCCAGCUACAACUUCCAUAAGCGCUGAGUUCCAAAUUGCAGUGAGUUGGUCACAACUGUCUCAUCUAAAGAAGCAUCACAGUUGCAUCCUGGGAGUUUUAAUUUAAUCUCUGGGUCAAGAAAGGAAACAAAACAACCUUUUUUUAAAAAAGUAAAACUUGCUGCUUUAAAUGAACAUUCAGAAAGUUCACCCAUUGGUGAUUUGUGUGUGUGUGUGUGUGUGUGUGUGUGUGUGUGUGUGUGAGUGAUUGCUUCUGUUGUCUGCAAAAAGAUUACAUAUUCAGGAGGCAUUGCUAUCCUUCUGAAUGUAUUUGCCCUCAGUGACAAUGACACUGGUUGGUUCUGCAGUGUUAGGCCAUCCUGUUUUAAGAAGUGAUUCCUGGUCGGCUGGGAGCAGCCGCUUGCCUGUUCCAGAAAGAAUUGCCCUCACUCUGAAUAGCUUUGCUUGCAUUUAAUGAUACAGUCAUGUAGUGAAAUCUGUCGGGCUAUGUAGGAUUGUGAUGUCAUCCUGUUCACUGUGUGACCCCAUAUCGGCUAGGAUAGCUCCUGUUACAAAUACAAGGAGAAAAAAACAGUGAUUGGAAUCAUGGGGGUGGGGUAAUACAGAAAGGGCAGCCUAUAAGGGAAAUAGCAGAGAACAGGAUUGGGCAGGGAACACUCACAAUUACUGUGGUGUUUUCUUUCUCUGGGGAGGCGAAGGUUGCUGUUGCACCUCCAAAAGCGUUUCUUCCAGCAUGAAAUUAAAAAUCCUCCUCCUUAUCUGUACUUCCUUUUUUACAUUUAGUGUCCACUAGAUGUCAUUGUUGGCUUUAAAUACUAGCAAUUGGAGUCAUGCUCCACCACCCUCUCUACUCGUAGUAAACGAUUAUACUUCUAUAAUGAUAUGUAGUUCUACGUGUAUCCUUGGUAAUUUUCAGGGGCUCGGCGAGAAACUUGAAAGCUUCUGCUCUUCAGGCCACCCUUGAUGUGUUUGUGAGAGAGUUUUGAAAAUAUUCUUCAGUGACAAUUUUAGGUUCUCAUAGACACAAAUUAUAAACCAGGAUGCCUUUCUCAACUGUUGCCAAGCUAUUAUGGAGUACUAUUCCCCCUGCCCCCCCAACCUCCAAAUGUUUGUUUCCUUUUUGUAGUUUGAUAGUUGUUGUUGUUUUAAUUCAUGGAGCAACAGUGAUCUAUACGAAAAGUGGUUUUGUCUUAUUACACUAUUCAACACCCCCAAACAGAAAACAUGUCACAAGUCAUAUUACUUUCCUUAUUGCUCCUUACCCAACCCAAUGUAAUUUUAAGUUAUUUUAAGCAACGUCAGUUCUUUGUACAGUUAUUCUCUUGUUUUGAGGCUGAUUAACUGGAUGGAAAAUCCAACUAAAUAAUUUUUAAUAUUUUUCCAUGGAUGCUUGCCCAGCUCAUGGUGUAUAAUGAAAAUCCCAUGAUGUUGUCCUGUAUUUCCUCUCUGUUUUCGACUGUUAUAAAACAAUGCCUUCUUAGUGUUAGCUGAGAUUUUGCACCUGAUAUGAAGUGUGUGUUUACCUUUCCUGGAGUAGCUACUCUAAUCUGGAAAACUUUUAAACUUGGGAACCAAAAUACGUAUAUUACUGUCCUUUGAAUAUCUGGAAACUGCAUUUGAACUAUAUUUUUUCAACUUUUUGAGAUUGUAUCCGUGAAUCUGUCAGCAUUUGGGAAGAAACAGUAAUUUGGCCUAUGGGCCAGCUUCACUAUAAAUUAUUUUUUCAACCUGCCAUACUGUGGUAGCAUUAGCACUGGAGAACUUUAUCAGUGUUCUUAGAGGGUUUGUUAAUCCUGGGUCUAGCAACAUGUUUAUUUUUGUCAGGUUUUUCUCUGUAAAAAUAUUGUGAUCUGUAAAAUGCACCUAAAUGAAUGCAUGAGAACUGUUCAUAGUGGGACCUUGUGGUGAAGAGCAGGUAAAAAUCUAAGAAAUAGCAACUACAGUCAUACCUCGGGUUGAAUGUGCUUUGGGUUGAGUGCGCUCGAGUUGCGCUCUGCGGCAACCCAGAAGUAACAGAGCGCAUUACUUCCGGGUUUCGCCACUCCCGCACGCUCAGACGCUCAAAAUGACGUCAUGCACAUGUGCGUAAGCGGCAAAACGUGACCUGCGCACGCACAGACGCGCCGUUGCAGCUUACGUUGCGUUCAGGAUGCAAACAGGGCUGCGGAAUGGAUCCCGUUCGCAUCUCUAGGUACCACUGUAUAGUAUUAGCUGGGGUUCUGGAACUAAAUAAGCGAUCCCCCAUGCAAUAUCAUCAGCUGCUUUUUAAAACUCCCCAUCAGGCUGAAAGACCUACCAUAAAUGGAUUGUAUGGACUGGGUUAAAGCAAACAACCAUACGGCAGGCUGGGCUAUAGCCCAUUUAUUCUGCCUCUGUCUUCGUAUGUUUUCUUACCAUAUCAUUGGUUCAUAGAAGUUGGAUUCUUUAUAAGACAUGCCAAUUUAGUUUUAAAGUCAUGAAGUGUUGGGAUUCAGUGGGGCUUCUUCCAGUUUUAUUUAUUUAUAUAGAUUUAUAGCCCAGACCAUACUAAGGGCUCACAUAGCUAACAUUAGUUUAGUAGUCUGUAUAUGUGUAUAUAUGAGGCCGUAUACCUAAAAGAGCCCGCAAAAGCAAAUUGAUCACUUACCGUAAUUGGGUGGGGUGGGUUACUCUGCCCCUCCUGAGUGAUAUGCUCUCUUGUGAGGAUCCAAAACACAUAGAUAUUUCUCAUAUUUUGCAGCAUUCUGCAUCUUGCUAUUUCCUUAGUUAAGUACUGAUGUUUCAUCAGCGACUGGGAGGCAACUCCACAUUUUCUUCUUCUGGUCCCCUGGUCUACUCAGUCAUGGCCCUUGCCCUCUGCCAGUACAUUAUUCCAAAUAACUAAGCUAUGCCUUUAAAACUGGACCAGCUAGUAUAUGGUAGUGUUAAAGGACAAGGAGAACUUAAGAGGAGCUUGCUGGAGCAGGCCAAAGCCCCUCUGUUCUCGCAGUGGUCAGUCAGCAUGGGAAGUCCAAAAGCAGGACCUGUUUGCACAAGCAGGUGGCUGGAUAUUUAUUUAUUUGAGGUAUUUAUAACCUUCUGUUGACCUAAAUAUAUCUAGGUGGGUUACAGUAAUUCAAUAGACUCACAAUAAAACAUCACCGAAGCUAAGAAAACAGAUCUCAGUUUACCAUCAGUAACAUCAAAAAAUAGAAAUAGCACCAUGGUAUGCUUUCCCCAGCCUUGGAAGAUGUGAUAGCCAGAAGGACAUGUUGCUACCCUAUUUAUCACCCUGGAAUAUUUGUUGCUUCAUAAGCAGAUGAGCAGCUUCUCUAAACUGGAUGGCGGCUGUUAGUCAAUGAUCACACACUGAGGACUUUUCCAUGUGUGUAUAUUGUUUGAUUGCAUUAGAAUUUGUGAAUAAUUUUAAUGGUGCCUGUUUGUUGAGUGACAAGUGUCUAUUUGGACACUUGAUUCUUCCGCUGCCAGCAACCCAAGCCAGCAUGGCCAUUUGUCAGGUGCUUUCAAUCAUGGCUACAUUCCCAGGGGCGGCAGGAGCACUGUGGAACACAUAAUUCCUGUAAAAAUGAAAGUGUACAUACAUGAUGCAUAUGGAUGGUUCCAAAGAACAGCAACUAAUUAAAUGUGCCCAGAUGGCUUUUGACAUCUACUUUUAUAAUAACAACAUUGCUACUCCCUUCUCCAUGUUAAAUGACAAGCUGUUUUGGAAAGUUGUUACUAUUAUUCAUUUAUUUAUUUAAGUUAUAUACCUCCCUUUACCCAAAGAUCACAGGGUGUUUUACAGCAUAAAAGUACAAAAUGAAAACACAUAAUGUCUAUCAUAACAGCAGCACCAGAAACAGCAACAAUAACCAUAACAACAACAAAAACCAAUAAUCCUCUCCUCACAACAAACACAUUUAAAAGGGUCCAGGUCAGUUCAUAUGGGGAGAGGUACUGUGGUCCUGAGCCAUUUAAGCUUUAUAGGUCAAAUCCAGCAUCCAAAUUCUGCACCAGCUGAAGUUUCCAAAUUGUCUUCAGAGGCAGCACCUCAAAUAACGUUUCACAGCCCCAUGUAUAACUCAUUGCAGUAAUCUAGUCUAGAGGUUACCAGAGCAUUGACAAAAGAAGUUAAGCUAUCCCUCUCUAGAUGUGACAGCAAUGGAUCCAGGAGUACACCCAAGCUAUGUACCCGCUCCUUCAGAGCGUUUGUGACCCCAUCAAGAGCAGGUAACCUUCCAUCCAUCCUGUCUAGGGAACCUCCCACUAACCGUGCCUCAGUUUGCCUCUCCCCAUUCGAAACAACCUGGACCCUGUGAUCAUCAUCUGAUGCCCUUCUUCAUGUGCCUCCUCCAUGAGCAGUCUGGAGGGUGGCAACAUGAGAGUUGGCCUUUUCUGCAGUGGCUCCCUGUUUAUAGAAUGCUCUCCCCAGAGAGCCUCACUUGACACCUUCACUACAAAAUGUUUCUCUAUAACCAGGCCUUUGGCUGAUUGAAAUGUGUUUGUGGGAGGGGUGUUAUUGUUUUGUUUGUUUUUUAUUAUGUAUUUUGUGUUCUCAUUUUGUAUUUUUACGUUGUGAACUGCCCUGUGAUCUUUGGAUGAAGGGCAGUAUACAAAUUUAAUAAAUAAUAAUAGUAAUAAUAAUAAUGAAUAAUCAGUCUUUGGAAUGUUGGCUCUCAUCCAGUCCAUUACCGAGGCAAGACAGCAGUCCAGCACAUCCACUGCCACACCUGCAGAUGUAAAGAAGUAGUAGAGCUGUGUGUCAUCAGUAUUAUUGAAAACAUACUCCAAAGCUCCAGAUAACCCCACUGAGCAGUUUUAUGUAGAUGUUAAACAGCAUUGGGGAUAAAACGGAACCCUGAGGAACCCCACAUUGAAGGCUCCACAGGGCCAAAAGAGCACUCCCCAAGCAUCACCCUCUGGAAAUGACCAUCCAAGCAGGACUGGAACCACUGUAAAGCAGUGCCACCCACCACUAACUCAGACAGCUGCUCCAGAAGGAUGCCAUGGACAGUGCUAUUGAUAGCCACUGACAGGUUGAGAAGAAUUAACAGGAACACAUUUCCUCUGUCUCUCUCCCGACAGAGGUCAUCAUACAGGGCAACCAAAGUAGUUUCUGUGCUAAUAUAUCCCCAAAUCACAUCGUUGCAAUCCUGAUGGUUUACAAUGUAAAAUUCCCAAGCUUAAUAAUGGAUUGGACUUUUUUAGGUGUACAUGAGAGGUCCUUUAUGGUUCAUGCUCAUAGUCUACAAAGCAAAAGAAAUACAGGCAACUCUCCAUUUACAUGGGGAUUACGUUCCGAGGCACCACAUGCUUACGUUAAAUCACAUAUAAUUGGAACACCCUUUUGGAAAAGCCUGCAAACACCUUGUUCCAUUGUGACUUUUGGGGUCACUUCCAGGUUCAGCGUGGUGCGAGCUCAUUGCUAGUUCUUGUGGUUAGAAUUAUUAGCAAUAUCCCUGGACAGCCAGUGGUCUCCAAUCUAUAAGGGGAGCUGCAUUUUGUUGUGGGUUCUGGAUGUGGUCCACCAAACAAUCCGCUAAGCUAAUGGGCGGAAUGGCCAAUAGGUUGCUGGACUAACUGACCAUGUCACUAUAUAACAGAAACACUUGCAAACAAAAUUUCCCCUGCCAACAAAAUUGUAAGUGAAGAAAUUCCAUAAGAAAUUGGAGUAUCCUCUAAGAACCUUGGAAUGCUAUGAUUCAGUCAUUGGAGAGGGUUGGAAAAUCAUGUACUGAAUGUGAGCAUGCUAAAUAUUUCAAUGAGUUUUGCUGUUUUGAUAGGCAUGUGUGUGUUAAAAAAAACCUAAAAAACUUGGUUUUUUCACUUAGAGCUAGAUUUCCAAGCAAUUGUUAAGUUAGCUAGUAUACAUAUUUCUCCAUGUCUCCGUUUGUCUAUUUUCCUUGCUUUUGUUGUAAACUCCUAUUUUUCUGAUGAAAAGUCAAGAAUGUUUGGCUUCCAACCACACUGUGUUGUAAUGAGGGUGGAGUAUGUUUGUCAUUCUGUAGUGAUGUCUGAUUUUUGCAUUAGUGAGCCAAUAUACAGAACAGUACAUCUGGAUAUUCAAGAGCAUGUUCCUGUGAAUCUAUCAGCAUUGUGUCCUGGUAGAAAGCAACUGCAGCAAAUGGACUGCUCCUGUUUUUAAAAUAUAAAAUGUCACUGUGGUCCCUCUUUUAAAUCUGUUACAGCAGUGAUGAGAAGAUUUUAUUUAAACUAUAAAAAAAAUGGGGGAUGGGGAAAAGCAUAAUGCAUUAUUUCCUCUGAGAAAAAAGUACUCAAAAAUACAGUCUCCAGUACGUAAUUUUGUCUCCUUAAAUGAUGUGAAAUGUCACAUGGAAAGAAACUGCUUUGGUUUGGAAAAGAACAGCAGGAGACAACUAUUUUUAAAUAAAAUAUAGCUGUAAAAAUAAGUUCCGAGAACCUCAAAAGAUGACAUGCUUGGAUUCAUUAUAAGCCACAGGGAGAUGAUUGUCUUCUUUGAAAAAGCAAUGAUCAAAAUUGCACCUGAUAUCUAAAAUGAUAGUUUAGUUGACUGGAAAGCUAGCUUACAGAUGGUGGCUUAAAAAAAAAAAAAAGUCCCUUAGAUUUGUAAUGAGGGGGAAAUGAUGGUAUGUUUCACCUAAAGUAAGAGAGACAAUAUGUAAUAAGGGAUUUUGUGGUUUUACAGCUCAGUGCAUGUGUUUGAAAGCUGUUCUCUCAGCAUCGUGGGUGGCAGGUUAUGCUACCAUAUAAUGUAUUGUAGUUGGCUCUCCACACUUGUCAGGGUUAGCGUUCAACCAUUCGGAAAAUUUUCCCAUUGUUCUAGCAUGUGAACCAAGACUAGCGUUGAAUUCCCAAUAACUUGACGGGGAAGGGGGGGUGGAAGUAGUUUAAUUAGAAAGCUUGAAAUGUGAUUACUUUUCUUACUGUCUUAAUGUAUUUUAUAUAAUUCAAAUCCUCAAUCUGUGAACACAAUCUGUUUACAGUUACACUUGCUCAGCUUUGCAACAGCACAGAACAACCUCAUCUGCAACCUUACAGAAAUUUUGUAUACUCUAUUCUGCCUUUCUUCAGUGCUGGCUCUCCGUUUCCAUCUUAAACAUGUUUGCUUUAGAUGGACCAUAGCUUUUGGCAGCUUUUGCAUUUUUAGCAAAUAAUACUGUUUCUAGCAAGAGUCGCAAGCAAAAGAAAACCAACAAAAAAACUUUGUGUGAGGUCCUUGCAAACUGAACCUUGGGAAAGUUAUGUUUCUGUAUUUUCUCCUUUGUGCUUCUUCCCUAUUCGUGUCAUGGUUAUAAAUUAUAUAGUUUGAAAUGAAGAAUUAAGAACGUUCUAUUUUGUGACUCUCUCUUAAAAAAAAAUAGAUGGGGUGCAGCUUUCUCUCUUUUAUGUGCCUGGCUUUAUUUUCUCUUUACCUGUUUUCAAGGCUGGCACACAGUGAAAUAAGCAGUUAUGGCAUUGAAACUCCAUUGUGCCAGGGCUUAAUCCAAUAAAAACAGAAAUACCGCCUGCUGAGUUGUAUGCAGUGUGCUUGUGUGAACAUCAAUGUCUGCUGUUCACACACAUUUUCCCCCCUUCAAAGUUCUCUUUGGAAUAUUGGAGAGUGUACUGAGAGGUUUUUUUUGGCCCUUGUGUUUUAAAGGUUGUAGCGAAUAUUGUUCAGUUUGCUUUGGUAGGCUCACUAGAUGUAUUUCGCAGAUGAUCAUUACUACAUCAAAAAAGAAAAGAAACCAACGGUGGUGAGGGAGCUGGAUAAAGUAAAUAAGUGUUGCGUCAAACACACACACACACAACACCAGAUGCUCUUCUAUCCUGUAUUUGUUUUUUCUGCCUUGAAAGAAAAAAAAAUUUGAAGGAGUGUUUGCAUGCAUAUGUGUGUGGUAACAGGGGAAAUGAUAGCUUUAAAUAUUGACAUAUAACCAUUGAAGAUCUUAAACUUGGAUUUCAUUUUAGAUGAAGUAUACCUUGGCUGGAUGAUACCUUAACAGCAAAAAUGAUUGCGCAGAUACUUCUGGUGUUAGAAUGUUUAGAUCAGCUGUAUUCCAUAUUUGGUCAGAUGCAAUGUGCACAUCGUUUCCAAGAUAAAAAGCUCCCAUUGAUGCUUGCUUUUUUCUGUUUUGCUUUUUAAUUAAUUCCCACCCGCAACACACAGAGUUUUCAGCAUCUUCGUCAUAAUUUUGAUAGCUGAUUUGCAGAGUUCAAGUGAUGCAUUGGCAGUUUGUAACUUACCUCUCAGGUAAACCAUAAAUGAAAGGGGGGAGAAAUGUAGAUAGUCACAAAUGCAAAAACUGCAAGCACUGGAAAAGGUUUUUUGGGGGAGGGGGUACUGCUUGGAAUAUAUAAUCUAUUUUCAGUUUUUGAAAUAUGGCUUGCUUGCCUUUGUUCAUACGUGAUGGCCAGUUGUGCAUCACUGCAGAAACAUUUAUCUGUCAUUAUUGAAAUGAUGCAACCCUCGAAGUCAGCUAGAACUAGUGAUUGAGGGUGAUUGUUGCAUGAAGCUGUAGCAUAGUUAAUAUGUUUGUUGCACCAUCUUUAAAAUGCAGUUGAAACAAACAAACUCAUUUGAAUGUAUUGCUGUAAUAAGAGUUCUGCUGCCACCCCCCGCAAAUGAUUGCAAGCACAACUGGUACCACAAAACUUUAUAUAUCACAGCAUUACUCAAAUACUGAUAUCAGCUCUUGAAACCUGUGUUUUUUAUUCCCUGAAAAGUGACCCCCCCCCCACUGGCAGAGUUGACCGUCGAAUUUGCCGCAUGGUUUUUUAUUGCAGUCCACUUCCUCAUUCUCUACUAGUAAAGCUGAAUACAGUGGUACCUCGGGUUACAUACGCUUCAGGUUACAGACUCCGCUAACCCAGAAAUGGUGCUUCAGGUUAAGUACUUUGCUUCAGGAUGAGAACAGAAAUUGUGCUCCUGCGGCGCUGCAGCAGCAGGAGGCCCCAUUAGCUAAAGUGGUGCUUCAGGUGAAGAACAGUUUCAGGUUAAGUACGGACCUCCGGAAUGAAUUAAGUACUUAACCUGAGGUAGCACUGUACUUUUUCCUCUGUUCACUUGUCCGGGAAAAGAUCUAGAAUAGGAAAAACUAUAAUGGAGCAUCCUGCCCCCCCCUAAAAUCUGUGGUCCAGGAUCUGAUGUGGAGGCGAGAAUAACCCCCCCCCAAGGGUUUGUCUGAUUACAUUUCCUCUUGAGGCAUACAAGUGAACUGAGUGAAAGUCAAAUUCUGGCAGCACCUUUGCUGAGCAUUUAGUAUGCAGCUUGCUUGAUAUGGUUUUUUUUACCUCCGUUUGAAUACCAAAGAUGUCUGAGUGAGCAGCGCACCUCAGUAGUGUAUCCUGUUGUUGUUCUUCUAACUAACAUUAACAUGGAAUUGGAAGCUUGUAUGAUGCAAACCCUACAAACGCUGUAAGAUACUGGUCCAGUGUGGCAUUCUUGGUCUUCUUAUAUUCUGUAGCCCUUUAGCAUAUUUCUGUUCAGUUGUGCAGAUGCAAAAUUACUUUAAUUCCAUUGCUUAGUUUAUUUUUUUUAUAUAUAGAUUACUCAUUUUAUUCAUGCGCAGGAAAUCUGUCUAGACAUAACAAACAAUUUUCAAAGUAAAUUAUGAACUUUCUUUUUUGCACGUUCAUAGUCUCUUUCCAUUAUAUAUGAUAAAAACAGGACAAAUUGAAUUAGCAGAGAGUUGAAGUGAAGCAAAAUUAUUUUCCAACAGUCUUGUGUCUGUAUGGGGAUAUGGUGCAAAAAACAAAACAAAACCCAAAACCACUGCUAGGAAAUAACUAAUUAUUUUUUUCCUCAACAUUUUGGCAUGCACUUUUUUCUUUUUUUAUUAAAAAACAUCUUACUAUGGCAAAACAAAACACUGUGAAUUGUAUCCAGUGCAGCGUUUGCAGAAGAGCACUUGCCCAAGGGCAUUUCUCUGCUCCUUCCUUCUCAUUGCAGCCUUUUGCAUGCCACAAAAAGCCUGUCCUGAGGGUUGGGAGACGCUUGGGGAAGGCCUGGAAUGUGAGGUGGGGGCCACACUGAGAGGGGGAAUGGGGGGAAACCAAGUGGGGGCUGCUUGCAGUCUAAGCAGUGUUAUCACAAAAGCAUCCCAGUUCUGAAGAUAGACGCAUCUGUGUUAGCGUGCCAAGUGCCUUGCAUUGAUGUAACCACAGUGACAUCAGUUGCAGUUUGUUAAUGUGUAACCUGUGUAAAGCAAAUAGAGAAAAACUGUCCUGGUUUGCUACUUGUCAAUUUCAAAAAGUAGUAAAGAGAAGAUGAGCAAUACAUACUGUGAGCAUGCUUCUGGGAUUUACCUAUAACCUCAACCCACGAUGCUAGGAACCACUUUUGAUUUUUUGAGCUGAGUGCAGAAGAGGAAAUUUUGGGCCCUGUGAUCAAAAUAUCACACCUACCAGAAUUCCCUCUUUUGCCCAAGAAGCAGUUCUCUGCCCCAUUGUAUCUAGCACCUUUCUGCCUCCCCCCCCCCUUUUAUGUCAAAAUAGGAAUGAUGCUACUGCUGCAACCCACUUUAGUUAAGAGUGAGACCCAUAAACUGAAGCCUAAUGUACUAGGUUAGGAAAUCUGUAAGCUAUCAAAAAUGCUUGUUUAGAUAAUUCUUUUGUCCUUAGGGAAAGAGCUUGUCUGCAAACCUUGGCUAAAAGAGCAUAAAACCAGUAGACUGGACGUGUUGUCAUUCUUAAACCAAUCCAAUAUGGCAAUCAUGUACAGAGUUGUAUCAUUUGCAGUGUAAAUAAGUUAAGUCACUGUAUGAGGUAUUGUCUAAUGUUUAGCCAAUUGCUUUUUGUGCUUUCACCUCCUGGGCAUAUGUUGAUCCCAUCCUAAGCCAGUGCAUUCAGUACUAUGUGGUCAUUUUUCACACUCCAAAGAAGAUGUGUAUUGAACUGCCUGAUCGUGAUGCUAAGAUUUCAAGAAAACUAUUUCAUAACUGCUUUGUGAGGUCCCUGAAGUGCGCCCUGCAAGGUGUACUAUUUUAAAUAGCCUACAGUUGAAUUAUACUGCAUAAGUAUCUCCAGUUUAAGACUGGGGACCUUAGCAAAGCACCUUCUCCAUUUAUACUCAGGCAAGUGUAUUGUUCUUUUUAAACCAGAGCAGAGAAUAAGCUUUUCAGCUGCAAUCCUCACUUUAGGCUUGGGUGCUGGUUUAAGUUUGCUCUGAGUUAUAUCACAUGCGACCAAUGCCACAUAGCUCAGUCUGUGCAUCUGAGCAAGUCAUCUACAAGACAUCUGAAGUACCACAAACAGACAGCAGGUAUGCUGUAGAUGUCCAAAUUCUGUUUCGUGUACAUUGUCAUGACAAUUAUCUUUAAGAAUAUUCUACAAGCAGAUAAAUCUUUACCGUUUUAUGUGCAAAGUGUGUCAUGAAUUAGCUAGCAUUGGUCUGUGUUGCUGUUUUUCUAUAGUCAAGGAAUGUUUAUUGCAGUGCUAGUCCUAGUAAAUGACAAACCCAAAGUAAGGGUUGUGCAAGUCAUGAUGCAUUUGAUUGAACUUUCUUUUAUUUGUGGCCAUGUAUGAAUGUCUGAAACUUGCAGUUCUUUUCCUACUGUGGAUAACCUCCAAGUGACGUCUUUUUUGCUUUCUUAUAAAUCUAAUGAGGUCAACUUUCAGUUAGAACUCUUCAGGGCUCUAAAAUUUUAAGAGGGCCCAAGGACCUUUAAAAUUCCCCCCUUUGCACAUACAAAAGUUACUGAUGACAGAAGACAAGUCAGUAGGAGAUUCCAGACUUUUAUAGUGUCCCACACAGUUUCUCAGUAGUCCAGUUGACUUUUCUGCAUGCAAAGCUCUAGCAAGAAGUGUCCUCUUUCUUUUUAUUUACAACAUUUAUAUCCCACCUUUCCUUUAAAGAAAAGUCCCAAGCUCUGUUUCAGUGAGAUUACUAUGGCCGUGUGCCAUUAUUUCCUUACCCUGCUUCAGUUCCAUUUUCAAAGUGAUGCAAGUAGUGAAUUAAGAUUUGUUAGUGGAAACAGAUCAAAUGUUUCCCCAAUCUGUCCGUGACAAUGGAUAAACGAAGCAGACAGAAACAAGGAAUGGGUGGCAUUUGUCACAGUGACAGCAUUUGACAGUGUGGUAGACCUGUCAUAAAUUUACAAUACACUCUAAGUAGAAUUCAGAUGUGUGUGAUGGAAGGAGAGGUACUACAUGACUGUUCUAUUGUGUUUCUAUUGUGUUCAUUCAGUGCAGCAGCUCCCACUGCUGAAGAGACAAGCCUCUCCUUCAACUAAUGGCUUGUUGGACAUUCACAUCAACUUACCUAUUACUUUGGUUCAAGUAACUUUUCAUACUUCUGUUGCCUAGUACCUAUUAUGUAUUGAAACACACACAAAUAAAAUAUUAUGUUUGUGGGUGGCUAGGUGGGUUGUCGUUUUGUUGUGUUUACUGAUCACUGUUGUGAUGGGAUGAUGAGCUGCUUGUGCGUAAAAUCGUAUCCCCUCAGAGUUUGUUCAAGUCCACAAACCUCUGUCUGUGACGGAGCCCCUCAGACAUGGCUGCUCUAGUCACUAGCAGAUUCCGACAGUGGUUGCUUUCGUAAUCGCUUCCAACAUAAAAGCUCCUUAACGGAAACACGUCUUCUGGAAUCUCUGCGUGACAGUUUCCGGCGAGGAGUGGGUGUUCUUACAGGAGGUUCUGAAACCUCCCCACUGUUUUCGCUGGAAGUGUCUCUGAGCCAUCCCUCCAGCUCAGCUCCUCUCCCCCUGCUGGUUCCUUCUUCAGCUGCUGCGUCUCUCCCAACCUGUGUGAGCCCUUUCACCUCCCUGUUGGUUCCCUCUUCAGCUGCUGCGUCUCUCCCAACCUGUGUGAGCCCUUUCACCUCCCUUCCGUCCGAUGGCAGUUCCCUGACAUCCACCUCCCCUCCAGGGCCCCCUUCACCCCCUCUCGCCCCCUCCUCUACGGGCGGUGAGGAGGCAAAACCCCUGAAUGAACUUCCUUCAUCUUCCGAUGUCUCGAACACUUCUCUCAACCUGUUGCGAUUCCUGGUCUCGAAGUACACCUCCUCCUCAGAGUCCAUCUCCCCUUCCCCUUCCGAGUCCGGGAAUCCUUCCAACUCCUCCCCUUCAUCAGUGGUCCCAAAGUAUUCCCUCCGGAACCUCUCCACAGGCUGAGGUUUCCUUGGGAACCUUUGAUGGAACGUUUCUAUCAAUACCUCGUCAUUGAUAUCUUCAGCCAUUACCCAAGUGUUUUCUGACUCCGGUUCUCCUUCCCACGCUACCAAAUACUCCACCUGAUCCCCCUUCCACCUGGCGUCGAGGAUUUCAGCCACAUGGCUGCUGCAUUCUCUUUCUUCUACGACCCGGUCCCGAGUGGCCAGCCCUUCUCGUCCCCCUUCGUACGGUGACAGUAACGACCUGUGAAAUACUGGGUGCAGUUUCAUGUGGUUGGGUAACCGGAGCCUGAAAGCCACUGGGUUGACCUGUUGAAUGACCUCAAAGGGACCCAACCUCCUGGGUCUUAAUUUCUUACAACCUCCUUUGAGCGGCAGCCCUUGGGUUGACAGCCACACCCUAUCUCCCACCCUUAUGGUUUCACCUUCCCUUCGGUUCUUGUCUGCCUGCCUCUUGUAUUCUUCCUUCGCCCUUUCUAAGUUGAGUUGGAGCUGACGAUGGAUUGCUUCCAUUUCUUCCACAAAAUGUUCGGCUGCCGGGACGCUCCAUCUCUCCCCCUCUCCCCCUGGGAAAGCCCUGGGAUGACACCCAUAAUUAGCCAAGAAGGGGCUCAUCCCUGUGGACACAUUCUCGGCAUUGUUGUAGGCAAAUUCCGCCAGCGCCAACUUUUCUACCCAGUCAUUCUCUCUGUCAUUGACAUAACACCUCAGGUAUUGCUGGAGGACACCGUUUGCUCUUUCCGCCUGCCCGUUGGUUUCAGGGUGCCGGGCAGUCGAAGAAUUGACCUCCACCUGCAGUAAGCUCAUGAGCUUCCUCCAGAACCUGGAAGUAAAUUGUUUUCCUCGGUCUGAGACCACCCUCAAUGGCACCCCGUGCAACCUAAAAAUGUUUUCUACAAAUAACUUCGCUGUCUCUUCCGCCGUGACUGCAUGCGAGCAAGCUACAAAGUGGCACAUCUUUGUUAGUAGGUCUACCACCACCAUGAUGGCUGUUUUCCCUUUGGACUUCGGCAGAUCAGUCAUAAAAUCUAUCGACACUGCCUCCCAAGGUCGUUCUGGGGUUGGUAAGGGUUCUAAUAGCCCCGCCGGCGCCCGCCUUUCCCCUUUGGCUCGCUGGCAUUGCUCGCACCCUCUUACAUACUCACGUACAUCUUCCCUCACCUUAGGCCACCAAAAUUCCCUGGUGACCAACCACAUGGUUUUGUGUUGUCCAAAAUGCCCCGCCGUAGGGCUGUCGUGCAACUGCUUGAGUACCCUCCCCUUAACUCUCCUUCAGGGAUAUACAGUGCCCCUUUGUAAUACAAAGCUCCAUUUCUUUCCUCGAAACCCCCUGGUUCCUCUCCAUCACCCCUAAGACCUCUGAGCUUAUUCUGGGCGUAUUCAUCAUUCUCUGUUUCCUCUACCAGUUCUCUUUGUCCCACCAAUGCCGCCCCACACACCCAGCGGUCUUCUGGAAUGACAUGUCUCUCUUCGGGUGCCCCCUCCCUUCCAAAUAUUCAGGUUUGCGUGAGAGAGCGUCCGCCCUAAUGUUCUCUGGGCCUGGCACGUAACUAAUCUCAAAGUUAAAUUUGGAGAACUCCUGGGCCCAUCUCACUUGCCGUUGGUUGAGCACUCGUGCCGUCCUCCAAUACUCUAGGUUCUUGUGGUCAGUGCACACUUGCACCUUAUGUUGUGCGCCAAUUAGCAGGUGCCUCCAUCUCCGGAACGCCUCAUGAAUGGCUAGUAGUUCUCGGUCAUACACCGUGUAGUUCCUCUCGGAUUUGUUCAGCUUUCGCGAAAUGGCACACGGUCUCCACUCUGACCCCUUCUUGCCUGGCUGCAGAAGCACCGCCCCAAUCGCUCUGUCUGAUGCGUCAGUUUCCACUCUCAUCGGUUUUUGUAAAUCCACAUGCAGGAGUUGUUGUUCCGAGGCGAAGGCCCUUUUAGUUCCUCAAAUGCUCGCUCCGCCUCCUCAGUCCACACGAACUUCUUCUUACUGCUGAGACAGUCCGUAAUGGGCGCCGUCAGGUGGGCAAAGUUUCGGAUGAACUUACGAUAGAAGUUCCCAAAUCCUAGGAACCUCUGCACAUCCUUCUUUGUUUUGGGUGUUUUCCAUUCCAGUACUGCCUGGACCUUGCCGGGAUCCAUGGCCAAUCCCUUGUCUGACAGGCGAUACCCCAGGAAUUCCACCUCCUUGGUAUGAAACUGACACUUCUCCAGUUUCACCCACAGCUGGUUGGCUUGCAGCCUGCUCAACACUUCUCUGACGUCUCUCACAUGCUGCUCCUCAUUCUCAGAAUACACCAACACGUCGUCUAAAAAGGCCACACAAUUCUUGUAAAGCAAAGGCCCCAGGACGUGGUUCAUAAACGAUUGAAAUGUUGCGGAGCCUGCUUGUAGGCCGAAGGGCAUAACCAAAUAUUCAAAUGCCCUAAAGGGGUGAACAUAGUGGUUUUCCAUUCAUCCCCCUUCCUUAUUCGUACCAGGUUGUACGCCCCCCUUAGGUCCAGCUUUGUAAAAAUCUUUCCCUUCCGCACCCUUGUCAAAAUGUCGUCAAUCCUGGGCAUAGGGAAGGCUACUGGUUCUGACACUGCAUUUAAGGCCCUGAAGUCACACACCAGCCUCGGCUUGUUCGUGUUUUCUUAUCCACAAAAACACUGGGCUGCCCCCACCGCCCUGGACUCUCUGAUGAACCCUCUCUUCAGGUUCUUGUCAAUGAACUCUCUUAACUCCUGCAUCUCUCUGUCUGACAUGGCGUACAGCUUGCCUACAGGGAGCUGUGCUCCAGGGAGUAAGUUGAUUUGACAGUCAAAGGGUCUAUGCGGGGUAGUUGGUCAGCUUCCCUUUCGCUGAAGACGUCACGGAGAUCUGCAUAUUGUCGUGGUACCUUCACGUUCUCUGUUACUUCAGUCCCUGCUAGGGUGGCUUGGACCCCUGCCAAACCUUUUCCCUCUUUGCAGUGUUCUAAGCAAUGUGCUGAACCAAAAGAAACCACUCUCUGAUGCCAGCCCACCAGCGGAUCAUGUAACGCUAGCCAGCUCAUCCCCAAUAUAAUGGGAGCUCCUCCCAAGGUGGCCACAUUAAAAGCUAUCAGUUCGGUGUGCCUUGCUACCUUCAUUAUCAUUGGGACGGUCUGCAAGCUGACUUCGCCACCCAACAGCUCCCUGCCAUCGAUCGUGGUUACCUGCAGGGGGCUGCUUAAAGGAUUGUCUGUAUCUGGUGUUCAGCUGCAAACUCUUUGCUCAUGAAAUUGCAGGAGCUGCCUGAGUCCAACAGCGCCUUUAUCUUUAGAGGGUGUCCGUUUGGCAGCUCUAGCGUCACUUCUAUCACUAGGGCGGGUUUAGGAGGUUCUGGCGUGGGCACUCUCACUGCUCUUUGGCCUGGCUGCUGUGCCCUGACAGUGGCAGCCAGGCGUUGGCUUUUACUUGCUCCGGUAUUUUUCCUCUCUUCCAUCCACAGCUCCUACCAUCCCUUGCCAUUCUUUCCUCUGAGGGCAGACUCUGGCAAAGUGACCUGGCUGUUGGCAGAGAUAGCAUUUCCGGGCGCCUUUUCCCUCCUUCUUUGCCCCCUCACUGGGCUUUGAAACUGCGCGCGCGCGCGCUGUUCCGAUUUCCAUCGGCUCUGCCGGUGGGAAAGUUGGCUCUGGAAUGUCUGGAAUGCGGAACUCCUUCCAACGUUCCCCUUUCCCUUCCCGCCUCUCCAAUGCUCUCGCCUCCUGGCGCGCUCCUAUGGCCAGCGCUGAUUUGGUCAGCUGGUCCAUAGACUCCGCCCUGGGCGCCCGGGAAAGUUCGUCUUUCACAGCCGAAGAAAGCCCUUCUUCAAAGAGCAUUUGAAUGGGUUCCGCCGAUAAGUCCCACCCCAAUCUGUGAACAAGCAUGGUGAACUCAGUCCAAUACUCACGGACAGAUCGGCUCCCCUGUUUGCAACCCAUUAACUGUCUGCGCACCACUCCCUUUUCAAUAUCGCUGGAAAACAUCAGAUCCAUGGCGCGAAAGAACUUCAUCGUGUCCUUUAAGACGUCACUAUUCGCUGCCAUCAGGGUCUAACCCAGUCUCUCGCCCCCUUUUCAAGAUGCUCAAUCACGAAAGCCACUCGUGAUUCCUCGUCAGGAAUUCAUCAAACUGCAGAUUGAGGGCAUAUUGCAUUUCUGUCCGAAAACCAUGAUAGUUUUGGGCUCCCCCAAACUUCUGCACCAAUCCUGGUACCUUUCUGGCGAACUGGGUGGCUUCCCCCUUUUGUCUGCAUCCUGAGCCCUCCUCUCCUCAAGCCUCGCCGUCUGCAUCGCUAGCUGGACCUCCAACAUCUGGUACCUUUCUUCCAGGCUUGGACCCGCUCCAGCUCCUGCUUCUCCAGUUCCGGCUGGGUUGCUCAUGAUGCCUUCUCCUGCACAAGCUGCUUUCAAAGACUGUCGGAAUGCUGUGAUGGGAUGAUGAGCUGCUUGUGCGUAAAAUCGUAUCCCCUCAGAGUUUGUUCAAGUCCACAAACCUCUGUCUGUGACGGAGCCCCUCAGACAUGGCUGCUCUAGUCACUAGCAGAUUCCGACAGUGGUUGCUUUCGUAAUCGCUUCCAACAUAAAAGCUCCUUAACGGAAACACGUCUUCUGGAAUCUCUGCGUGACAGUUUCCGGCGAGGAGUGGGUGUUCUUACAGGAGGUUCUGAAACCUCCCCACUGUUUUCGCUGGAAGUGUCUCUGAGCCAUCCCUCCAGCUCAGCUCCUCUCCCCUGCUGGUUCCUUCUUCAGCUGCUGCGUCUCUCCCAACCUGUGUGAGCCCUUUCACCUCCCUGUUGGUUCCCUCUUCAGCUGCUGCGUCUCUCCCAACCUGUGUGAGCCCUUUCACCUCCCUUCCGUCCGAUGGCAGUUCCCUGACAACUGUCAAAUAAGAUUUUUUUUAAAAAAGAGAAAGACACAUUCACCUAUUGUUUCCUUCAAUACGUCUCUGUCACUUUUGCUAAAUGGACAGUGCACAGUUGCUUCCAACUAUGUGAGCGCAUGGCAGAAUACAAAAUUGUGAUCUUUUCUACACCUGUUGGUGUCCACAAUUUUGUUUAAUCCUGCAGGAAAGAGGUUGUGUGUGGUGCAGAGACUGUUCCUCUGAGCCUUCAUUGGACUGUGUUCAAGGAUUCCCUGCCAUGGCAUUUCGUCAUUUCCACCAUCUUGAUGGUCUUUCCUUUUCUAUAUGUUUCCUUCUACAAAAAUUGUUGUUGAAAUAUUUUUUUUUUCAUAUUUGGCAUUUAUUUGGAACCGGACUGUCUUCCUGUAGACUCUCCAGGAAUGUCUGUUUUAGCUUCUUGAGUGAAUAGAAAGCUCUUCUGACCUAAUGGACUGAAGUAAGCCACGUCUUGACCAUUUACAGGAGGUAACGGAUGGUGGCCACACCGUCACCUCCCUAGGUGGUCGUUGCUUCACGAGGGCAAGCGAGUCGGCCUCUCCACAGUGAGCUCUUUGACUGGAGUUCCUUCUGCAUUUCUUGUAAAGCUUCUCUUGUGGUGUCCCUCCUUUUGACUCACUUGGAAUUUCUGAAGUUUCUCUUGGAUACGCUUCACUUUCUAGCUGGAACCGGUGCAUCAUUGCUAUUAACUUGUUCUCUUCUGUCUUAAGCGAAGAGAUGGCAGGCGCCCAAAAUCUGCUACUUCAUGUGUUGACAGUUCCAGUUUUGGAAUUGCACAGCAGCCUGCUGAAACCUAUUCCUUGUAGUUAUGUUGUGGUACAUGGGAGCCAUGGGGCAGAGACUGCAAAAUUCAAGAUAAGUUAUUCUUUCUUUAAAGCUAUUAGGAGGAGGCACGUGCACUUCAGGGAAGUGCAGCAAACUCACCAGGAGGGGCAGGCGGGGGGGGGGGUUUGUUUGAGUGCCAAGAUAUGGUGCAUCAAUAAAUUACUAGAAAUCAUUGCCUACUGAGAGGGCUUUUCAGUCUAGCGUUUAGAAGUGACAUACUUGAAGAGUGUGUGUGUGUGUGUGUGUGUGUAUUCAUUCUGGUAAGAAUUUAUUUUUGCAAGUUUUAUUUGUGAACCACCCAGAGAAUUUUUUGUUCAUAUCAUUUGGUAAACUAUAUCAUGAUAAAUACUUAAAAAAUGGAUUAGCUGGAUGUUUACUUAAUUUUAUUAUGUGAUUAUAGCCAUUCUUUCCUCCCAAGGAGCAUAAAGUAAAAUACAUAGUCCCCCCUUGCUUACUAAUUUUAACAAAACCCCUCACAAUAACCUUUUGUUUUAGUAGGCUGAGGGAUGAAUAGCCCAAAGUCACUCAGUGUCUUGAGUAGGGAUUUGAACCCAGUUCACAUUUUUAAACAAAAGCACACAGAAAUUAUAAACAACCAUGUUGCUCACAACUUUUUGGCAUUUUGUUUGACCUAAUUAUGUUGUUAUAAUACUGUAACAUUUGGAUUUUAAAGGGCCAGUUAAUAUGAUUUAAAAAAAGAAAUCCCAUUUAAAUGCUAAAAAUCUAAUUACUUUUUGAAAAUCAUUUAUUUCUAUCCUCACUUCUUAAAUAUCUGAUCUCAAUUUGUAAAUCCAAAAAUAAAAGAAUAGCUGUUUCAUAUCUGAAACCAGUAAUCUAAGUUUUGAUUCUGCCCUUUGUUCUGUACGCCACACCACAUUCUGACAGUGCUCUUCUAACACAGUUAAAUUGUGUACAUUGUCAUAUCCAUGUUGCAACAUGUCAGGAAUGGAUGGUUGGAAUAAGAUAACAGGAGUCUAAAUUUUGCAGGUCGUGAAAUUAAACUUGUUGUGAGAUAUUAAUCGUCAUGGUUUUGUACAUGUCAGUGAACUUGUCUGCACAUAACAACUAAACCAUGGUUUAUUGCUAAGUGUAUCAGUUGGACUGAGUCUGAGAAAAGCUCUGGCUCUUGCACUCCUUCCUCUCCCCCUCUCAUAAUGGCCAGGAGAAGGAUUCCGCAGUGUUUAGCUUUACUUUCUAUGAAUCCUUGCUUUCUCAUCAUGUAUGAACCAUAGACGGUGGUUUAAAAUAACCUCAGGUUAGUUAAACAAGUCAGUUUUAAUUACCCAUGGUUUGAAGCUGGCUCAUUUUGAAACUGAUCGGAAUUUGUUCAUGGAAAGUGAAACUAAAUGCAGCAGAAGUCCUCCUGACUGAGAGAGAGGGAGAAGGUGCAAAUACACAAGCUCAGGGCUUUGCUUAGGCCCAUUCCUGCUCAUGCACAUAGCACUAUAUUCUGAUUUAUAUGCUAACUGCACCACUGACAUGAAAUUUCACAAACCGUCAAAAUAGAAAAACUUAAGAUGUACAGCAUGUUUUGGGGGGGGGAGAAGGGGACAACCUUUGCUUCUGUCUUGCUAAGAAGAUAGAAAAAUGCUUCACAAAAGUCUAGCAUCCUUACAUGCCAGUAACUUUGCAGUGUUGGUAGCUCCUGCCCCAUGAACACUUUUACCUUUGGCAAAACUACAGUGGUACCUCCGGUUACGAACUUAAUUUGUUCCGGAUGUCUGUUCUUAACCUGAAACUGUUCUUAACCUGAGGCGCGCUUUCGCUAAUGGGGCCUCCCGCUGCCGCUGCAUGACUUCCGCUCGCAUCCCGGGGCAAAGUUUGCUACCAGGAGCACCUACUUCCGGGUUAGCAGAGCUCGUUACCCGAAGCGUUUGUAAGGAGGACGAUAUGUAACUCGAGGUUCCACUGUAUGUAUCUUCCUUGUUAAGAUGUAGAAGUGGCAUUUUGCAGAUGCCUAAAGAAAGCAUUACAGCCCUUCCUUUUCCUUCUCAAGGUCCUUGCUGGACUGUGUAUGUGGCAAAUGUGAGACGGCUAUGCAAUCAUGUAUGCUCAACUCUCAUUUUCCACUUCAGUCCACUUCCUUUUGUACUGAAUAAUUAAUUGCUUAUGCUAAAUGAUAAUUUAAUCUGAUUCCAUUUCUACCUUUUUAUUCUUCUUUUCUUCUCCAGCAACUUGAAUUAGUGGAACCCAGUGGUUGGAUUCACGUAGCCUUAACAGAUACUCAUAAGAAACCUAUCCGCACUUUUAUGAUUCAGAUUGCUGUUUUAGCCAAUCACCAAAAUGGAAGAGACACUCAUAUGCGGCAAAUCAAGGUGUAUACGCCAGUGGAAGAAAGUUCUAUUGGUAAAUUUCCUAGGUGUACAACAAUUGAUUUCAUGAUGUAUCGUUCCAUCAGGUAAACAAAGCUCAAUUUUGUACUAAAGCAUUGUAUUUUUGUUUAAUUUUCAAAUAAAGACAUAAAAUCUUGUUACGCUGUCUAGUUCCUGGGUGUGUGUGUGUGCACUGCAGACAUCCUCAUGGAUGUAACUUCACUAUUGUUUAUUUUAUUCCAAGAAAUGUAUUGCUUUUCCUUUCUAGAAACAGAAGAGGGGAAAUCUCAGAAGCUUCUUCAUUUGAUAAUUAUCUGUUAGUGUAUUUUAUUGUAUAAUUCCAUUAUUACAUUGGGCUCCUCCAAGAGUGUGUAAAUGUCUCUUUAAAGUGUGAUUAUGUAAUUUUGUUCAAUGUACAGGGAAGCUGAUGAAUAAAUUCAUGAACUUUGCCUUACUGCCUUCUGUAGGACCAGCCUUUCUUAAGUGCUGGUCACCCAUAGCAUAUACAGAGCUACUUCUAAGAAUAUUUUAUAGAAAUUUGAAGGAAAGCAAUCUGAGGAUAUAAUUUUAUUUGAUUUUGUAGAGGCAAAGGAUAAGAUUCUUAUUUCUGAAACACAAGAGCCUUGCUGGAUUAGACCAAAGGUCUGUCUGAUACAGCCAGAUGUUUCUAGGAAGCCAUGACCAGGGCAUGAAGGCAUUAGGCCUCCCACACCAUUGCCUCUCUAGUAACUGAGAUUUGGCUGCAUACUGCCUUUUAAUCUGAAGGUUCUGUUUAUCUAUCACAUCCAGAACUUCUAAUUAUUUAAUUUGUCUAAUCCCACUUUAAGACAUUAGUGACCAUCACUACACCUUAGCAUUUGCUUGCAGUAGUGCUUUCAAGUAAGUGCCUUCAAGUCAAGAGUCACACAUAGAAGAAUCAGCAGGAGAGCCUCCAAAUGAAUCAGGACAGACUUAUCACAUUUUGAAUAAAUACACAUUACCUGUGUGUGUGCUGUACAACCAGAGUCUGAAAUUACCUAACUGCACUACUUCCCCAGCCUAGUGUUGCACGUUGUUUCCAGGUUGAGGAUUCAUAAGAAUGCCUUGUGUUAGGGGGGCCCAAAUCCUGGAGCCGGCACUUAUACACAUCUCUCUAAGGCAGGGCUGGGGAACUUUGGGUCCUCCAGAUGUUCUUGGAUUCUAACACCCAUCCGCUCCUGCUAGUGUGACUAAAAAGGUGAAUAAUUUUGGAAGUUUGGGUCCAACACCAUCUGUAGGGCCAAAGGUUUCCCAUCCCUUCAGUAAGGUAACUGUGAAAAGGGUGUGUGUGUUGCUUAAAUUUUGCUAGAAUAGUUUGGAUCUACAUAAAACUAUAAAUUACAAAGCAGUGCUGUGUUCCUUGUACAGUUGUGUUACUGGAAGUUGUGAAGCAAGCUUCAGUCUCCUAAACAUUUAAAACUAUAGUUACUGCCAUCUUUGCUUUCUGCCACAGGAGUCCAACCCAUAAAAUAAAGCAUUUUCAGACAAAUGUUGCAUUGUUGGAAGAGCUCAAAUGGCCAUGAAACUCCACUUUACUACAAAGCAGGAGUCUUCAUACAACAAUUGUGCAACCCUGCCUAGAUAUUUUGUACAGUUGAUAUUUGGCACAAUUUUUCCUGGCUGAGGUUAAAGACACCAAGUACAGCUCCAGAGGACUAUGAAGUCCUAAUUCUAGGAAUAAUCAGUGUGUGCUAAGUGAGUAUAACUUAUUUUUGGAUACUACAUUGACUUACUAUAUUCUUUGACCUAUAUAUUAUUAUCCCCAAAUUUGUUAGAAAAUAAUUCACUUUGGUACGUGUUUGGUAUAUGCUCUGUAUAUAUUCCACCAAUUGGCGGAAACUGUGUCUCUUUUUAGCACCAUUUUAUUAAGUAUCCUUUGCAUUGGCAGCAGCACCAAUUUAAAUAUUUAGAUGUCUGGAUUUCCAGACACAUACAGUUAAUGCUACAGGAGAAUCUGGAUCUGAUUCCCUCAUUCAGUUCAGAUUUAGGCAGGUGCCAAACCCAGAUUCUAUUGAGAUGCGUGUGCUUUGUCAUUUGAUUGAGGGUCUCCUUUGUCUUCUACUCAGUAUUCCUUUCUAGUAUGGAAUACUAGAGAGCUGAUCGUUUUAUUUUGUUCUUCAGUCUGCUGUUAAGACUUUUGGUUGAGGACAGACUUCCCUAAAGUAUUGAUGAGGAUUCUUGCUUCCAUGUUUUGCCAUGUGCCUCGUCUCCUUUCCACGGUUACUUAAGAACAUGGGUGACCAACCUUUUUUUCUGUUGAGGUCUGUCCUCUGUUUUGGUCCACAUGCUGGUGGUGGGGAGGCAGAAGGUGAUGGGUAGGGCCGCCUCCUCCUCCCUCUUUCUCCUUCUCCAGCAAGCUGCCACACGAAGAACAGAUUGCUCUUGCCAGAGAUCUGAACUGAUUGUUUGUAGAGGGCUUCUCAUAGUAGGUUGAAGGCCAUCUGAGACCACCCCUACUUUGGAACAUGUAUGUGAAAGCUAGGUCCUAUUAUGUAUCCUAAUCAGUGGACGUCUCAUCUCAAGUUUCCACCUUAGAAAAUCGCAUGCCGUUUGAACUGAUUAAAACAUCAUUUUGACUCUAGCUCAGUGUAACAAAAAUGUUUGUGAAGACCUCAAAGCUUUCUGAUUUUGUGUAUUCUUUAGUAGGAUGAAAUAAAGAGUCAGCAUAUUUGUUUUCCCCAUUAAAAUAUUUAUCCAUUUCCAGAGGACCAGUCUUAAAAACUCCAUAGAGCAGGGAUGUUCAAACAAACCAGGAUCUCAGAAAAUCCAGAGUUCCAGAGAUUUAAGAGUAGGCUUUAAUCUGCAUUAGGAACCUGUGCUGGUAAAUCUUGGAUUUAAGUGCUUUGCUUAUUGAAGAUGAGAUUUUGAACUUGGAGCCAAGGCCGCCCAAAUGUGUAUGAAAUGACUUAUUCAGCUAUAUAUUGGUAGCUAUGAUGCUGGGGUUAUUCCUUAAUCAGGAUGCUGUAAAGCGAACAUUGAAAUAAGUAUGUUUUCAUUUAGGGGGCACACAAAGAAGAACUAAUGUAUCAAAUAAGCUGAAUCUCAAGUAUUUGUAUUAUGCAUCUAGAACACAGUCCCUAACGUUUGAAUUAGUUGGCAACAUCAGUGACAAUAAUAGUCAAGGCAGCUAUUUCAAAUGGUAACAGGUCCAGAUGGAGUAAUAAUGCAUGAAAUGCUGAAUAUUAGGCAUAUUUCGGCAGCUACAGUCCCAUGACUCCAGAACAUAGCAUACUGUGCUUAUUUAAAAAACCAUACCUCUUAAUAUAGCAAUUAAAAAUCCUUUGACUUGCACAUCAGUUUGUUUUCAGUUUUUACAAUAUUGUGCAGUAUGAUGCAUCAUCACUUGUAUUUCCUUUUUAAAAAAGGAAAUACUUGAGAGAGCUAUAGGGGAGCGAAUGCCAUCAUGCGCUUCGUGGUGAACAUGUAUAAUAGAUUUAACAGAAAUGCACUUGAUCUCUUCACCUCUUCAGAGUAGAUUAGGUGUCUUAGUAAAUAUGGCGUUAGGAUCCUCCAUUUUUACAAAGUUGCUAAUACACUAGGUUAUUGAGGAAACCAAGUACCUUCUACCACCCAAGUAGCAUAUUCAUGGGCAAAUAAAACAACUUUGGUCUUUUUAUGCUGUCACAGUAUAUGGCCCUAUUAUUGCUAGCUUCCAUUUGGAAAUCCUUUCUUAAUUCAGGGUGUUCCUCCCUUCACACCGAAUGUGACAAAGCCAGAAGACAAUAGAAGUUGAUGCAGGUCUCUCUAACGUUAUUUACAUAGUUUAGUUCUUUCUUUACUCUUCCUCUUUUAAAAAAUCAGAUUUUUAUCCACCCUGAUUACAAUUCAAAAAAAAGGGGAAGUCAGAGUUUAAGCAGAACAUCUGCAGAACUACAAUGACAAAAUAACUACAAAAUAUUAAAAAAGCUUGCAUUCUAUAUCAAAAGGAAUUAGCCAAAGUGAAAAAAGGAAAAAAGACAAUAAUCCAUAUCAUACCUUUUUGACUAUAGAUUCAAAUAUAAUAAUAUAACCAUUAUUAUACCCAACUCGCCAUACCCAACUUCAAUACUCUGUAAAACCACAAUAUGUUUUGAUUAACCCCAAAUCCAUGCUGUAAUCAAUACAUGGCUGUGAAUUUCUUGC